AUGAAUACUUCCAUUGUCAAUCCACCGCGUGAUCCCAAUACACUAUCAAAUUACAAUAACUUUCUCACGACUCAUACUGAGGUCAACUUCAGUAUUGACUUUGAGAAGAGAAACAUCAGUGGAAACGUUGCGCUAACCCUCAAGUCGAUCACUGAUGCGGCAGCGAAGGAGAUUUUGCUCGAUACUAGCUUCCUGAACGUAAAGGAUGUGGUCUUAAAUGGAAAGACUCCUAAGUGGGACUUACUACCUAGGUUUGAGCCAUAUGGAUCGGCUCUGAAGAUUAGCCUGGAAGACGGCGUCCAAAAUGGAAAGAGUGUGCAACUUGAGAUGUCAACGGAGACGACCAAGGAGUGCACGGCGAUCCAGUGGCUCACGCCGGCUCAGACAAGAAGUGAACACCCUUAUAUGUUCACUCAAUGUCAGGCCAUUCAUACAAGGUCUGUAUUCCCUUGUCAAGACACGCCUGAUGUCAAGGGGACUGUUCAAUUCAACAUCGAGUCUCCUUUGCCUGUCAUCGCUAGUGGACUUUCUAUUGGCGUCAAAGACCUUGAGAAGGGCGCCAACAGCGCGAUUGGGACCAAGCUCUACACAUUUGAGCAGAGUAUUCCCAUACCGAGCUAUUUGUUCGCCUUAGCCAGUGGCGAUAUUGCCAAAGCGCCCAUCGGGCCUCGAAGCGUAGUUGCAACCGGGCCGAAAGAAUUGAAGGCAGCACAAUGGGAGCUUGAGGAAUCUACAGAACGAUACAUUGAGACGGUCGAAAAAAUUGUCUUUCCGUAUCAGUGGACGGAGUAUAACGUGCUUGUCCUGCCGCCAAGCUUCCCUUACGGAGGAAUGGAGAAUCCUGUUUACACAUAUGCCACCCCAACAAUGAUAUCGGGCGAUCGAGAGAAUGUUGACGUGAUUGCCCACGAACUCUCACAUUCAUAUAGCGGCAAUUUGGUUUCCAACGCCAGCUGGGAACACUUUUGGCUCAAUGAGGGCUGGACAACAUACCUUGAGCGCAGGUUACAAGCCGCGGUACAUGGCGAACCCCACAGAGAUUUUUCCUCGAUCAUUGGAUGGAAGUCUCUUCAAGACUCGGUGAAGCAGUUCGGAGAUUCGCACGAAUUCACCAAAAUGGUCGUCGACCUUAAGGGCAAGGACCCUGAUGACGCUUUCUCGAGUAUACCUUACGAGAAAGGCUACACGUUUCUCUCUUACCUCGAGAACCAGGUGACUAAGAACAAAUGGAACACAUAUAUCCCCCAUUACUUCACCACCUUUGCUCGCAGGUCUCUCGAUUCCUACGACUUCAAAGCAAAUCUGCUGUCUUUCUUCGCCUCCGACACCAUCGCAUUCAAGGCGCUCAACGAUGUAGACUGGGACUCGUGGUUAUACACUCCAGGACUACCUCCAAAACCCACCUUCGACACCUCGCUCGUUGAUGUUUGCUACGAUCUCGCCUCAAAGUGGGAGACCGGUAGAUUUGAGCCCAGACAGGAAGACAUCAAAGGCUGGUCGGCGAAUCAAGUGGUGGUCUUCCUGGACACCGUGCAAGCAUUUGCAAAACCUCUGGACGAGCGAGCUUCGCAAACGAUGGGGUCAACUUAUGGCUUUGCCAAAAGCCAGAACGUCGAGGUUGUCUCUCGGUAUUAUCAAGCGGCACUGAAAGCAAGGGACGAGACGGUGUUCAAACCAACGGCGGAACUAUUGGGCAAGGUUGGCAGGAUGAAAUUUGUGCGGCCAUUGUACAGGCUACUCGACGAGGCUGACCGUGCUCUAGCAGUGGAGACUUUUGAGAAGAACAAGGACUUCUACCAUCCCAUCUGCAAAAAUUUGGUUGAGAAAGACUUGUUUGGGAAGGGAACUAGGUCUUAA